UUCGUGGAGAGGCCUCCCAGGAUGUUGGGGCACCGCCUGUCCUCUAAUAGCUUUACGGAGCCCUGGCGCUGGGGAUCCAGCCCAAGCUUUUCCUGAUCCUGGAGGCCUGUUCUGAAAGUAGGAUGGCUGCUACCCGGAGCGGCAGAUCACGCGACCGCGACAGUCUGAGAAAAGCAGAUUAGCGGUGGGGCAGAGAAUGAAGGUCUUGGGGAAUUUGGGGUCAAAGAAUGUGAACUUUUAGGAAAUCCUACACCUUCUAGACUACUUAAGAAGUAAGGUGGCGGCUGAGUGUUUCAAGGGAAUCUCCAAAAAGAGUAUGUUUCCAUUCUUUUUAAAGCAAAGCCAACUGCUCAGCCAACCACAGUGAUUCAUGCUUGAUGUCAGUGUUACAUCACCACUCGGACAGGGAGCACCGCCACUGAGGAAAGCAAAAUACCGUCCAAAGGAAAAGAAACUCCCUUCCCCCAGUGCUGGCUGUUUGCCUGACAAGCUGCCUUCUUCCGUUCUUCAUCUCCAUUGCUCUUUCCCGCCUGUGGGAUUAAUCCCCAAGGCCUACUACCAGGCUUUCUUAGUCUCUUGGAUCUGAGACCUCACUGCUUAAUUAUUCCUUGUUCCCAGCCCAAAUUCCAUACCCUGGUUAUACUUCCGGUCUUCCCUCUCCGUUUAGUCCCAAAUCACCCUUGAAUCCUAGGGCAUCUCUCUCCACACCAGUAUUUUUGUUUUAAUUUUUUUUUUUAAUUUUGUGCGUAAGCAUGCUACAGCGCAUGUAUAGAGAGGAUAAUCUGUAGGAGUCGGUUCUCUCCAUGUACCAUGUAAAUCAGGCUUGGUAGCGUUAGCCUUUACCCGCGGAGCUAUCUCACUGGUCCUCCACAUCAGUUCUUUGCCAGGCGUUUGUUCUCCCAUGGUUUUUAUUCCUGUCUCUCCUGUUUACCCCUGUCCCACCCUCCCCCAGGCUCUCACUCCACUUGCCCGUCCUUAUCACAACUGAGGUUCUGGGCAGUAAUGAUGGCAAUGCUGCCCAAUACAACCCCUGCUCCCAUGAUGUCAGAGGGUGCCACAGUCUCAUAGAGCACGUAAUACUGCAGCAUCAGGGCCACCACAACCUCAGAGUGCAGGACAGCACAUACCAGGGCAGGGUGGGCCUUGGUGACCGCAUAGCUUACACAUACAAAGGAAACCAAAGCAAGGAGCCCCACUGCCACCAUGCAGCUCCAGCUCAGAGUGUCUUGGGGUAGCACGGGGGUCUGUAGCACAAAGAGGCCUGGUAUACAGACCGUUAGCCCCACCAGGCCAAAUAGGAAGGCCACCGUGGGUAGGCAGGAGGGGAAGUGUAGAGAGCGGUAAAUCUGCAGCCCCAGCGACAGUGCUAGACCUCCCAGGAAAGCCAGGACAUAGCCCAGGGCUGUGUAGAGGCCGGUAGUCCCCUCUUGCAAUGUCCCUAGUCCAGGUCCCACAAUGAUGAUUAGCCCAAGGGUGCUGCCAAAGAGGCCACACCAGGCAUAGCCACUGAGACCCUGGCUCUCCAGGCAAAGCGCAAGGAGGGCAGAGCACACGGUGGAAGAACCUUUGCGAACAGUGACUGCAUUGCCGGCAGGCACCACCUGAACGGCGCUGUAGGCACAGCCAAUGCUGAGGACGUUGAGAAUGGCAUGAAGGAAGGCCCGAACCCGGACAUCAGGAGGUCCCAGCAGUGGAUCACCACGAAGCUUAAGUAACAAGGCAAUGGGGAGGUGGAAGAGGCAUCGGAAGAUGAGCAGCUCCAACGAGGGCAAGUGGGAAGUCUGAAGGAAAAGGCCAGGCUGGAAGGACUUGCCGAGCCGCUGCAGCGCUCCAUGCGGGCUCCGCUCUCAGGCUGGCACCAUGCCACCCCCUGCAGAGGUAACGGACCCAUCCCAUGCCCCAGCUGUCCUGCAUCAGCUCAAUGAGCAGCGGCUCCGUGGCCUCUUCUGUGACGUCACCCUCAUAGCUGGAGACACCAAGUUCCCCGCUCACCGCAGUGUCCUGGCCGCCUCUAGUCCCUUCUUCAGAGAAGCUCUUCUAGCUUCAGGCCCACUGCCCCUCCCACCAGUUACUGGUGGCUCAGCCCCCAGCCCCGCAACCACCACAGCUGCCUCCUCUCCCACUCCUGCCUCUCCUCACUCUUCAUUUUCUCCCCGGGUGCUAGAGCUGCCCGGGGUCCCAGCAGCUGCCUUCUCCGAUGUCCUCAACUUCAUCUACAGUGCCCGGCUUGCACUCCCUGGUGGUGGCGGGGAUGGGGCAGCUGUGGCAGAGAUUGGAGCUCUGGGCCGGAGGCUGGGUAUCUCCCGUCUACAGGGCCUGGGGGAGGGAGGUGAUACUUGGGUACCCCCUGCCCCAGCUUCCAUGGUCACCUCAGAGCCUAAUGAGGAUGGUUUGGGGCCAGGGCCUAGAACAGAUGGAGACUGGGUGGGUGACAAAGCAGAGGCCCUGACUCCUGACUCACAGCCCCGGCGGCCCUUUCCUUGCCCUCGAUGUGGUAAAAGCUUCAUCCAUCCCAAGCGGCUGCAGACCCACGAGGCUCAGUGUCGACGAGGGUCCAACACUCGGGGGUCUGCAGGGCUGGGACUUGGGGGCUCUGGCCCUGGGGGUCCUGCAGGAGUGGACGCCUCAGCCCUGCCACAACCAGUGGGCUUCAGAGAUGGCCCUGAGCAUGUGGUGAAGGUUGUGGGCGGCCACGUGCUCUAUGUGUGUGCGGCCUGUGAGCGCUCCUACGUGACCCUGUCCAGCCUGAAGCGGCACAGCAAUGUACACUCAUGGCGGAGGAAGUACCCAUGCCGCUACUGUGAGAAGGUGUUUGCCCUGGCCGAGUACCGCACCAAGCACGAGGUGUGGCACACUGGGGAGCGCAGGUACCAGUGCAUCUUCUGCUGGGAAACCUUUGUCACCUAUUAUAACCUGAAGACCCACCAGCGAGCCUUCCAUGGCAUUAGCCCUGGCCUCCUAGCCAGUGAGAAGACACCUAAUGGAGGCUACAAGCCCAAGCUUAAUACCCUGAAGCUGUACCGCCUGCUCCCAAUGCGGGCAGCCAAACGGCCCUACAAGACCUACAGUCAGGGAGCCCCCGAGGCCCCUCUUUCUCCAAGCCUCCACACACCGGCCCUCGCAGCAAUGCCAGCCAGCCCCCACCCCCUACCCCCGCCCGCCCCAGAGCCUGGCCCUCCCCCCUCUGUCAUCACCUUUGCUCAUCCGGUUCCCUCUGUCAUUGUCCGUGGGAGCAGUGGUAGUGGUGCAGCCGGGGGCGGCCCAGCCUGCACAGGAGGGUCUCAAGCUGCUUCUGUCAUCACUUACACGACUCCCCCAAGACCCCCCAAGAAACGAGAGUACCCACCUCCUCCCCCUGAGCCUGCAGCAACACCCACCAGCCCAGCCUCCACCGCUGUCAGCCCAGCCACAGCUGCAGGGCCAGCCACAGCCACAGAGGAGGCCAAGGGCCGGAAUCUGCGGGCUGGGAGGACUCUGACUUACACAGCCAAACCCGUGGGUGGGAUGAGUGGGAGUGGGGGUUCCCCCACGGGGACAGGCCGAGGCUCUUCUCAGCUUCAGGCUCCACCUCCACUGUGUCAGAUCACUGUGCGAAUUGGGGAAGAGGCCAUUGUCAAGCGCCGCAUCUCAGAAACUGACCUGCGUCCUGGAGAGCUGAGUGGAGAGGAAGUAGAGGAGAGCGAGGAAGAGGAGGAGGAAGAGGAGGAGGAGGAGGACCAGGAGGACCAAGAGGAAUCGAAGGCUGGAGGGGAAGAUCAGCUUUGGAGACCCUACUAUUCAUACAAGCCUAAGCGGAAAGCUGGAGCCGCUGCCGGCGGGGUCGGCGGGGUCAGCGGACUAUCCCGAGGACGAAGACCACCACGCUGGAGGCAAAAGCUCGAACGAAGGGGCUGGGAGGAAACCCCAUCAGUGGAGAGCCCAGGAGGACGAGGACGUGGUGAGCGUAGGCACCGCUGUGGGGACUGUGCCCAGUCCUUUGCCACCCUGAGGAAGCUGAGAAAGCACCAGGAAGCCCACAGUGGGGGCUCCCACACCUCCAGGACUGGGAGGAGGUCUUCCACCCGCUUCACCUGUCCCCACUGUGCCAAGGUGUGCAAGACGGCAGCUGCCCUGAACCGACAUGGGCAGAGGCACGCUGUGGAACGGCCCGGGGGCACCCCCACGCCUGUCAUUGCCUAUUCCAAAGGCAGCAUUGGCACCAGGCCCGCUGAUGUCAAGGAGGAGGCCCCCCAAGAGAUGCAAGUGUCCUCAUCCAGUGGGGAGGCAGGCGGUGGGAGUGCUGCUGUUGCUGCUGCUGAAGCUUCCGAGUCUGCCUCACUCCAGGACCCGGUCAUCUCUGGGGGUGAGGAACCCCCAGUAGCAGGUGGGGGCAGCUAUGUAUACCCACCUGUGCAGGAAUUUCCCUUGGCCCUGAUAGGAGGCAGCCGGGAGCCUGGUGCCAGCAAAGGAAAACCUGGGAAUGAGGGGUCAGUGGGAGCUUCCGAGGGAGACCGGAUGGAGGGGAUGGGGACUGCCAAAGUCACCUUCUACCCAGAGCCCUACCCACUUGUCUAUGGCCCCCAGCUCCUUGCUGCCUACCCUUACAACUUCAGCAACUUGGCUGCGCUCCCAGUUGCUCUCAACAUGGUCCUACCUGAUGAAAAGGGUGGUGGGGCUCUUCCCUUCCUCCCAGGGGUCUUUGGCUACGCAGUGAAUCCUCAGGCGGCAGCACCACCUGCUCCAUCAACCCCACCUCCCCCUCUUCCUCUGACAGUUCCACCUAAGGGAAUAGGGGAAAUGACAGGGGUUGAGAGAACCCAGAAGGGGGAUGUGGGGUGAGCACUAAGGCCAGAUCCCCUCUCACCAGAUGCUACCCUCCCUGACUCUCCCCCCUGCCCCAGGUCCCUGGCCUCUCUGCUCUUUGGGAGCCCCAUCACACUCUUGUGCAGGGAUUUGGGGGCCCCUGGAGCUCAGGAGUCAGGCUGCUUUGUGUGAUUGUAGUUUCCCCAUUCCCUGAGAAGGGGUUUUUGGUGGUUCCUCUCAGUCUUCUCCAGGGAAUGGCCCCUGUGAGGGGAAGAGCCAGCUCCCUUCUCCAGCCCUUGGGGCAACUGAGCAAUAUACUUAUCUGAGUCUCUACUUACAGCCCCCACCAGCUCUGAAUGUCUAACCUGCUCCCCUGACUUGUAAGCCUAGGGGAAGACAUCUCUCUCCUAAUGAUGCCUGCUCAUUCUGAUGCUGUCUCUAAGCCCUCCCCCAUGCUUCCUCGCACAUUCCAUUCUUUGUGGCCCAAGGCCUGGACCAGACCAUUGUGAUAUCUGACCUACCAGCCUGGAAGCAUGGCUUUGGCUUCCGUUCUUCCCAAGGGUGGGUUUCUCUGUCCUUGUUCUUUCGUUUAGGACGCCACGCCUUCCUCGGCUCCCAUGCCUUUGGGUCUUCCAUGCCCUUCCCAUGCUCCUGGACUUUGGAGAUGGCCUAACCAUUUCAGGUCAGAAGGAGGCGGGAGGUGUCCAAUGGCUGAGCACUUUUUCAAUACAGGGCAGGGAAAUCUUGGGCCCUACCUUUACCCCCAAGUCCAGUGACCCCAGAUUCUUUCAGGACAAAAGAGGUGAAUAGAUCAUUACUCUUCUGGCCUUUAUAUGUAGCUUCUUUGGGGCAAACCCAAAUUUGAGCACCAGGUAUGAAGCACUCCAUACAGAAUGGUUGCUCCUAAUUAGACCAAAUAGCCAGAAAACCCGAUGGGGUUUGCUGUGUGGGUAAGCCCAGGAUUUGAACAUAACCUCCAUCCUUAUCUUUAUUCCAUCUCCUCUGAUGUCACUGUCUUCACCAAUCACUCCAGAUGGUUUUGAGGGAACCAUCUUCCUCUUCUGGUGGGCUUUGGGGUAUCCCCACCAACUUUGCCUCCAAAAUAGCACCUUAUACCCCAUCUUUGACUCAGUCCCCCCACACCCAAAGAUCCCAGCCUAGGAAUGGGGUGCAGGGACUUUAAACAGUCCCCAAUCCCUAAUUUGCACUAGUUAACCCUGGUCAGGGGUCCUAUGUUUCCUUCCAGUAGGGACUAUAUAGAGAAAUGUUUGUUCCUAAUUCCCUUUGAAAAUGGGGCCUCCCUGAUAUGUGAUUAGAUGGAUAUUUCCAAUGUGCCCACCUCCCCUCCCCGACAAAGAACGAGCUCACAUAGGGAGAGCCAGUGUGGGGAAGCUAAUUUGAUAUGGGAGUUAGAGGAGUAUGACUUCAAAGGGAGAAAGACUUCUUUAACCAAAUGACAGUCUUUCCCUCAGCUACUGUUUUCUGGGGCCAAGAUGGCUGCCCUCUGACCUGCUGUGGAGAGGGCAAGAUGAUGGCUUUUGGAGGGAGGUGAGUUUGGGAAAGCCAGGAGCAUCCUCCUGCCCCCUCUUAGCCUCCAGGUACAUGGGGGGGGGGGGCGUUGACAGGCUUCCUGAAUGUUAACCACCGAGGGAGUCACUCCACCCCUCCUCUGUCUGUUUGCACUUUUCUUGGUCUUGGCUACAGCCUGAGUGAAGAAUUUCCUACUGAAUGUACCAAGUUCCAAUUUUUAAAGGGGAAAAAGUUUCAAACAGGGAAAAAUGGAAAAAAAAAAAAGAAAAAGAAAAAAAAUCACUAAAAAUUCCCAUAAAUCUUGUUUCUGGCACUUUAGAAAACCUGCAAAAAAUACAUAAUAAAGAAUACAUAUAUAUAUCUACACAAAUUAUAUAUAUAAAUAUAUCUAUAUAUACAGCGGAACCACAAGAGAGACUGAAGAAGGCCUGAAGGCGGGGCAGACAAGGCUCCCCUCCAUCCUUCACUGCCCUCCUCUGAGGAAGUCAUGAGAGAAGGGCUAAAAAAUGGACUGGGGAAUUUGAAUUUCAGAAUAGAUCAAAAUUCCAACCUUUUGGAAGAAUUGAGAUUAUAAAUGAUUUUCUUUGUUAUCAUUUUUGUUUUUAAUAAGGGUAAAGAGAGACUAGCUUUCAGAAUUUAGCAACAUCUAGUUGUGGCAAAUCAGAAACUUAAAAAUAUGUAUUUGAGCUGAAAGGUCUCAAUAUCAUGAGUUUCAGGUGUUGGAAGUUUGGGAGUUUUGCAGUUUUGUCAUUUGAAGGUGAUCAAGUCUUGUCAGUUUGUGCCCUCUUUCUCCAUGUGACCUGGGAAGAAGGGAGAAAGUGGGAAGGCACUGGUUCUGUGCCACAGCACGCAAGAUUUAGAAUUUUACAGACUCUAGCUCUAUAUGUAGUGAGGACCCAGAUUUAGAGAAUCUGACCAAUAUUUAUCUCCAGAUUUGUGUGUGUUUCCAAUUCUCUAGGCCAAUAAAUCAACAAGACAAACGAACUCUGCUCACA